AUGGCAGAAUUUACAGGUUACAAGGAAACCUCGAAUCGGCACCUACGAUUCAAAUUGCAGAGUCUUAGUCGCCGCCUUGAUGAACUGGAGGAAGCAACCAAAAAUUUGCAGAAAGCAGAGGAUGAGCUGCUUGACCUCCAGGACAAAGUUAUCCAGGCAGAAGGCAGCAACUCCAGCAUGCUGGCUGAUGUUGAAGCCCUGCGGAAAAGAGUGCUGAAGAUUGAAGGCAAGGAUGAAGAAAUUAGGAAGGCUGAAGAGCUUUGCCGGUUAAUGAAAGAAAAACUUGAAGAGGAAGAGCGCCUCACCCAAGAGCUGAAAUCAGAAAUCGAACACCUUCAGAGGAGAAUGGCAGAGCUGGAGAAGCUGGAGGAGGCCUUUGUCAGGAGCAAGAAUGACUGUACGCAGCUGUGUCUUAGUCUCAAUGAAGAAAAGAACUUGACCAAAAAGAUAUCUACAGAAUUAGAAAUACUUAGAGUGAAAGUGAAAGAACUGGAAGCAUCUGAGGACAGGCUGGAUAAAACUGAGCAGAGCUUAACAGGUGAGUUAGAAAAACUGAAAUCCUUAGCACUGAGCUUUAUCACUGAAAGAAAAAAUUUUAAUGAAAGAGAAAAGCAGAAUGAAAAAAUAAUUCAGGAGCUAACACAGAAACUAGAACAAAACAAUAAACUAAAUAGGGCAGAUCAAACUAGAAAUGCAUCUAACUUGCUAGAAAGGUCAUCAAAUAAUCUCCUGGACAGAAAUGAUUUGAGGAUUGAAGAUGACUUGACUUCUACGUUGCCCUCUAAGGAGACCAGGAGGAAGGGAAGUAUGGAUUACCUGAAACAUGUAGAAAAUGAAACCAGGAAUAAAUCAGAAAACCAGAAGAAUAAAAAUCAGGAAGACAACAAAGUGAAAGAUCUCACUCAAGAAAUUGAGAAACUUAAAACUCAGGUCAAAUGUUUUGAAUCUUUAGAAGAAGAACUUAAAAAAAUGAGAGCCAAAAACAAUGACCUGCAAGACAGUUACCUGAGUGAACUGAAUAAAAACAAACUCUUAACGGGUCAGCUAGAAGAAAUAAAAAUGCAAAUAAAGAAACAGAAAGAUCUGGAGAAUGGGGAGGUUGGAAAUGAAGAUACAAGCUUUCCUAGCAGAGGAAAAAUUGACAGGCCUAAAUACAGAGGUGUCACAGCUGAUUUGUCAGCUGCCAAGCACAAACCAAGGGAGCUCUCACCACAGCAGCGCCGUGAAAGAGCAAGAAACAGAGAUUUCUCUGUCAGUAGCAACAGCUACAGCCAUGGGGUUAAGCAGGUGCCCAGUCCAAGCUUAAUGAACAGGAAGGCAGGAAAAGCAUCUGGUGCAUCAGUCCUUUCAGACACUGCUGUGAUAGAUACAAAAAGGCUGGAAGAGAAAUCUUUAGUUUCCACUUUUUCUUCUGGUCUGAAGGAAGGCUGCAUCACACAGAAUGAGGGGAAGAGAUCAAAAGAGCAGCCAUCUGUCCUCAGCCGGUAUCCUCCUGCUGCACAGGAGCAGAAAUCUUGGAAAUCACCUUCCAAACCUAUUGGUGACACAGGCCUGAGAUCCAAGGCUGAAAAACCAUCUCAGGUGCUUCGUGGCAGCUGCCAAACUGCUGCUGACCCACGGGAGGAAAAGUCAAACAAAGGAGAAUCAGUGGCUGCUUUGGCCGAGAAGCUGAAAACAAGUCAGGCAGAAGCGAGUGACUGCCUGGGGGACAUGCUGCUUGCCAGGGGUAAUCACACCUCUUCCAAUGGCACAGCUUCAGCAUACACGUACCACCUCUCUUCACGUGUGUCGGUGUUGGACUCCACUGGCUCUAAAGCAGAAGUAGCAAACACUUUUGCUGCAUCACAUAAGCAGUCUUCAGAGGGGAGAGCUAAAAGACAAAUAACUUCCCAGGAAAAAGAAUUUGCAGACACAUCACUUGAAAGUGCAAAGCCUUCAACACUAACAAAACGUUCCCAUCACGCCAGGAGUCAGGAAGACAUUCUGCAGAUUCUCACACGUCUUGAUAAAGAAGACAUGGAGCAGACUUCAACUUCAGCAACAGAUCAUGUAAAUUCUGACUUAAAAAUGGACUCCAAAACCAUCCAGAAUAACCAGGAAAAACUUAAUUCAGAUGAAGAAUCUGGAAGAAGCAAAAAACCAACUCAGUCAGAUUUUGAGACAAGAAGAAACAUCAGUUCCAAGCAGUUCUCCAAUUCCAGGGGAGUUUUUAGAGCAUCACAUUUUGAAAAUGACAAAACCACUGUAAAUGAUGAAGAGUCCACCAAGUGUAUAAAACCAUCAGAUACCAGCACCAGUGGAUUUAAAUCCAGAAGGUCGUUCAGCCCGAGAGAAGCUCUGAGAUCAAAAGCUGUCAUUAAACCUGCAAUUGUUGAAAAGGAUAUGAAGGCAGUCAUGGGAGGGACUGUUUCUGAGGCAGAGUCAGAAAAACAGAAGUCUGGUUUUAAAAUGGUAACAAAUAAAAUGACAAGCAGCAUCACAAUAUUCCCUUCUGAACCAGUAGCUCCAAGGACCAGUGCAGCUAUAGCAGCAAAGGAAAGGCAAGUUACUGCCAGCAACAUCAGAGUUGCUCCAAAUGAGCCUUCACCAAUAACAAACAAUCUCCCCACACCCUUAGAGAUAUCACUUAAUAAAAGUGCUCUGAAAUCAUCUGAGAUGGACAGAAUUGGAGAAGCAGCACUGAGAAGUAAAGCAGAAACAGUGAUCUCCAGAAGCAGCAUUAUGAUAAAGACUUCAGAACUCAUGGAGAGGAACAGUGAGCCACCUUCAGAGACAGUCAGCUGGAAGAGCCAUGGUUCUUCAGAUGCAGCUUCAUCCGAAACAAAACAUGUCACUGUGAGAAGUUCCUGGAGAACAAGACAAGGCUUACAUUCCCUGGAGGACUCUCAAACCAAAAUGGAGAAAAGUGCAGCUUCCAGUACUACAAACAUGUGUAGGUCCUCAGUGGACCUCUCAGAAGUAGAAGGGAACAGUGCAAGAACAGACUCCUUGGCGCAGACCUCAGCAAGGACCAGUGCCACACCUAAUUCCUGGAGUGCCCCUGAACUGGGGUCCAGAAGGACCAAAAGUAACUUAAGUGCAUCUGAACUACUAACACGCAAGAGCUUUGCAAGUGAUCCUACAGCGGCUUCUGCUUGGUACCGGAUGACGCUACCU